UUUUACUCAUUAUUUAUUAAGAAAAGAUUCAAAAAAUAAAUAAAAAAUCCACGGCCAUAGCCAAAACCUUCUACUUUGAUUCCUCCAUUUUCAUUCCUUGCAUGCAUCAGCUUUUCUCUUCUUCUUCUUUUUCUGCACCGACUAUUGUGAACUGCACUAUCGACUUAACGGAUUUCUUUGAGAUAAUUUCAGGAUCAGAUUAACAAUUUUGUCUUUGAUUCGUUGAUGUUGAGAAGCUUUUCUUGGCUCAUACUACAAGUCAAAAAAAUGGUUGACAAUAAUUCGGGUGGAGAAGCUGAUAAUUUUGACUGGGAUACUGAAGAUGAUCUGGAAAUCGAUAAUUAUGCCAUCUCGGCCCCUUCGGGUUUGUCGACUCCCUGUGGAGAAGCUGUUUUGGGUUCGGCAGAGGCGGGCUCAUCUGGAAAUUCUCCCAAUUCCAAGAUAAUUGAUCAUUUUGUCGGAAUGGGGUUCUCAAGAGAAAUGGUUGCCAAAGUGGUUGAAGAAAAAGGAGAGGAAAACUCAGACUUGAUACUUGAAGCCCUCCUUGAGUACUCGGCAAGCACAUUACCUAAUUCUUCCAAUUCCAAGUUGAUCGAUCAUUUUGUAGGGAUGGGAUUUUCUGAAGAAAUGGUUGUCAAAGUGGUUCAGGAAAAUGGAGAGGGAAAUACAGAUUCCAUAUUGGAGACUCUAUUGACAUAUUCAGCUCUUGAAACAACUGCUUCCGUUCAGCAAAAUCCUGACUCUGGUAACUGCUCAUCAGAUUAUGAAGGGAGUUUGCUGAAUGAUUUCUCUGAUUUUGAUAGUUUUUCUGAGUCCGAGGAAAUUAUGAGUCCUAGUUCUGAGGAGGGGAGAAAAUUGUUACACUUGACAAAAAUGGGGUACUCAGAAGCAGAGGCUUCAGUAGCCAUGGAGAGAUGUGGUUUGUGUUAUCUCAUUCAUUUUUGCAAUAUAUUCUUGUUGAUGGUUGGUAGGAUGUCAAAGUUUCAUUUGGACAGUAUAAAGGAUCCUAGACUCUUCAAUUGUUGUAUUGAAAAUGGUCCAGACUCCACAAUUGAGGAGUUAACCGACUUUAUAUGUGCUGCGCAAAUUGCAAAGGCUGCUGAUGCACUUUUUCCACUUGAAGACAAGAAGCCAUUCAGCAAUGGCUCUAGUCACAAGAAGAGGCGAAACUGGGGUUAUGAUUUGUUGUUAAGGAAGAAGAAGCUUAAGCUUGAAAAGAGGUUUGAUGAAGAUGAUGAUGCAGUUCAUCUUCCUAAUCCUAUGAUUGGUUUCGGGGUCCCCAAUGAACCAGAUCAGAUCACUAAUAGAGUACUUCCAGAAGCAGCUUUAGGGCCUCCAUACUUCUACUACGAGAAUGUAGCACUUGCUCCAAAAGGUGUUUGGACCACCAUUUCGCGCUUCUUAUAUGAUGUGGAGCCUGAGUUUGUUGAUUCAAAGUUCUUUUGUGCUGCUGCAAGGAAGAGGGGCUAUGUUCAUAAUCUGCCAAUUGAUAAUAGAUUUCCCCUUCUUCCAUUUCCUCCACGAACUAUUCAUGAAGCUUUUCCACUAACAAGGAAAUGGUGGCCAUCCUGGGACACGCGAACGAAAUUGAACUGCUUGCAAACCUGUAUAGCAAGUGCAAGAUUGACGGAUAAGAUUCGCAAGGCAUUAGAAGAUUCUGAUGGUGAACCGCCGUUGGGCAUCCAAAAGUUUGUUCUCGAACAAUGCAGAAAAUGGAAUCUGGUUUGGGUUGGAAGGAACAAGGUUGCUCCACUUGAACCUGAUGAAGUGGAAAUGCUUUUGGGAUUCCCUAGAAACCACACAAGAGGAGGGGGAAUCAGUCGGACAGAUAGAUACAAAUCACUUGGUAACUCAUUUCAGAUUGACACAGUGGCGUAUCACUUUUCGGUUUUAAAAGAUAAGUUCCCCGGUGGUAUCAAUCUGUUGUCCCUUUUCUCUGGGAUUGGAGGUGCGGAGGUUGCUCUCCACCGACUCGGUAUCCCUUUGAAAAAUGUGGUAGCGGUGGAAAUAGCUGAAGUGAACCGAAAUAUUCUUAGGAGUUGGUGGGAACAAACAAACCAGAGAGGGACUUUGACUGACAUCCAAGAUGUUCAAGAACUAAACGGGGACCGUUUGGAGCAACUGAUUAAAAAUUUUGGAGGAUUCGACCUUGUGGUGGGAGGGAGUCCUUGCAACAACCUCACUGGCAGCAAUAGAUAUCAUCGAGACGGACUCGAAGGUAAAGAUUCUGCCCUCUUCUUUGAUUUCUGUCGAAUACUGGAUUUGGUGAAAUGUAUUAUGAAUGGCACAAAAUCAAUGAUUAUCUGAAGAAGAUUGCAUUUGAAUAAUUUCCGAAACUCCUGUUAAUAUAAAAUUAAAAGGGGAAUGAAGUGCUAUUUAAGCAAA